GGGGCUGGGAGCGGUGAGCGCCGCUGCCACGUCGGACGGACCGGCCGGGCUCGGGGCGCGGGAUGGCGGCACGGUGAGAGGAGCGGGGCAGGAGCGAUGGCGGGGGCGAUGGCGGCGGCGCUGCUGCUGUGCUCCGCCCUGCUGUGCGCGGCGCUGGGCUGCGCGGGCGCGGCGCUGAUCCCCCCCGCUCCCGACGUGAAGGUGGAGGUGCUGCACAAGCCUUUCCUCUGCCACAGAAAGACCAAGUGGGGGGACAUGAUGCUGGUUCACUACGAGGGCUACUUGGAGAGGGAUGGCUCCAUGUUUCACUCGACUCACAAGCAUAACAAUGGUCAGCCUAUGUGGUUUACACUUGGCAUAAGGGAAGCUCUCAAAGGCUGGGACAGAGGGUUGAAGGACAUGUGUGUGGGAGAGAAACGGAAGCUAACUAUUCCACCAGCUCUUGCUUAUGGAAAAGAAGGGAAAGGAAAAAUUCCACCUGAGAGCACACUGAUUUUCAACAUUGACCUUCUAGAAAUUAGAAAUGGACCAAGGUCUCAUGAGUCAUUCCAAGAGAUGGAUCUUAAUGAUGACUGGAAGCUAUCCAAGCAAGAGGUGAAAAUUUACUUGAAGAAAGAAUUUGAAAAGCAUGGAGCAGUGGUAAAUGACACCCAGCACGAUGCUUUGGUUGAAGACAUAUUUGAUAAAGAGGAUGAAGACAGUGACGGGUUUAUAUCUGCCAGGGAAUUCACAUACAAGCAUGAUGAGCUGUAGAAAGUAAAGGGUGGAAUAAUUUUUUUUGAUACAAAUAGCAGUAACUUAGACUGUCUGGUUCUUGUGUCAUCUUAAUUCUGUGUUUCGGAAUUGACAAUUGCUGUUGGCAAAGAAACACUUGGUUUAUAUAAAAGAGAAUUUCUAUUCAUUAUGUACAAAAGUUUUAAACUAUUUUAAAAUGUGAAAAUGUACCUCCUCUUAUACAAUGAAGUACAUCAGUGUUUUUAAAAUUUUGUAUUAAAUUAUUUUUCAGAAAUGAAACAAACUUUCCAGGUUAUUAUUCAUUUUGAAAAUCAAAAUCCAGUUCAGUGACUUUCUGUGAUUUGUUUGUCUGCCAAGAUCACUUUCAGCAGCUACGUUAUGUAUUACUUGUAGUCUGUGCCUUAAUUACUUGACCUUCCUACUUGAGUGUCACUGCUUAAAAAGCAGUUUGCUGACCUUGGGUUUUUUUCCUGCAGGUUUUUGAAAGAUGUAGUAGAAGGCAUCAGCAUCUCUCUGUAUGGCUGAGAAACUGAUACAAAGCUGAAUGAGAAGAGUGGUUAUUGCCCUUCUAAAGGGAGAGUGUCAUGCCAAUAAUUGUCUGCAUUUUUUUGUUAGAUUUUGUGAACAAAGCAGGAGUUAAAUGUCAGACUUUCACUUCUACUGCCAGCAACAUUCUAGGAAACAUCUGUAAUUUGGAAAGCAGCAAGUUGUGCUGCAGUGCACAGUGUCCUUUAAAUGUACACACACGUUUGUUUUGGAACUCAGACUUGGCAUUCAUCAGAAAAGCUCACACCCCUCUCAGUUUGAGGGGGAUCUUUAGCAGAAUGUUACAAGUCUGAAGUUUUUCCUGGUGGCAGAAGGGAGAGUGUACUGACAGGAAGAUCAGUAUGGUCUGAAGAGCAGUUUCCAUGGGCUGUCUGUUUUGCGGCUGUGUGAGUUGCAGAACUUGUUUCAUUGCCCCUUCGCAGCAUUUUUUCCCAAGUAGCACACAAGUGUUAGGAAUUUUAAAUAAAAAAAUGAGUUUUUAGAAAAAUAAAGGUGUGAGGUAAGUGUUAUGGUGCUGUGUCUUUACAGAGGUGGAGAUCAUUAAGAUGUCAAACACAAAAUUUGAGUUCAAAGAACUGUUUUUGGAGAGGAAGAAACAGUUUGCAGUUGUCCAUGGUUUCUUAAAUGAGAGGGCAAGGUAUCUCAGGGACAGAAUUUAUUCUGACAUCACUAACCUAUGGGUCUGUAAACACAGCGUUGUACCUGAAAAUUGUUUGCCAAAGCUGUGUAAAGACACAAAGCAAAUCAAGUUGUAUGAAAGUGAGAUUGCUGCAUUGCACUAUCCCUUAACUACCGCUAACUGAGACUCUGCAUUCAGUUCUCGGGGCUGUAGGUGUGUUAGAUGUUUCCCUGCCACCUAGUGUUGCAACUGAGGAUUAGAGGACUGCUUCAUUGAACUGAGUUCAGCUGCAGAGGGGCAUUUAGAGAUGCCUGUCAACAGUGACGACUGGGGGAAAAAGGAAAGUUGUAAGUGAGGGUAGGCAGCGCUGGGCUGUUCUGUUUUGGUUUUCUUACGGCAUCUGAUAUUUUGUGGGUGAUGUUCUAAGUGACAGGGAAUUGCAGCUAUGUAUUUUGUUUUCAGUAACCUUAGGUCUUUUUCCUCAGUAAUGCCAUCUGCUUUUCUUGAAACCAAUAAAACUUCUGCUUCUGUGA